AUGUUUAAAUUUUUCUCUCAGCCAAGUGCCGACGAACCUCCUUCUGCUGCAAAUUCUACUGAAAAUCCCUCUUCAAAUUUGCCAGAAAUUCCGGAAAAACCACCAGUGAAAAAUGGAAGCUCAACAACAAAAAAAUCGGACGCAAGCGGCGGUUCGCAACCAAAAAAAGUGAACGCGACGCGCAAGAAAAUGUUUCGCGGAAAAAGUCAGUCGAAUUCAAAUUCAAAUUCAAAUAAUAUUUCUACUACUACUAUUUCUGCUGCACAACCAAAAAAUCGAGAAGAAAUGUCGAGUGAAAUGAAGAAACGACAACAUGUUUCGACGAUUUUUGUGGUUGCGAAUAAUACUGAAGGUAUGGGCGAAAAAUGGUCAUUUUCACGGUGUUUUGGUGGGAAAAUUUGAGGAUUGUUUUUGCCGAAAAUAGAAAAUUAACCGAACUAAAAUGAAUCUGUGGUGAAUUUUCAUAACAAAAUUUUGAAACAGGGAAUUUUUUUGAAUGAAAAUUGAUUUGGUUUUGUCAUAUUUAGAUAAAAAAUCAAAAUCAAAAUGUUGUGUUUUUCAAUGAAACUUUUUUGAAACAGUGAAUUUUUUUCACCCCCAAAUUCAUCAUUGAAAUUCCUCAAAAUAAAUUUUCGAUUCCAGAAUUCGAAAUGGAACGUCAAACAUUGUGGCAAGAUGUGCUGCCAGAAUUGCAAAAUUUCGCAUUUCAAUCGAAUUUCGACCUCGAAUGGUGUGACGUGGCAUUAGAAAUCGGAGCUGGAAGUACAGCUGGAAAUUCAGAAAUCUCCACAAAUUCUAUUGAACACGUUUUUCGAGAAUGGAAAAAUAAUGAGAAUAAUUGGAUUGUUGUGAGUUUUUUUUCGAAAGGAAAUUUGGGGGAUGUUCGGAUUUUCUGGGGAAAAAUUCAUAUUGUAUUUAUUGGUCCCACCGCGAUCUACAGUACCUAUAAAGAUCUCCAGUAUAUGUAUUUCAAUAGAAUUUUCAAAUCUACAGUACUCCCCCUCCCUUUAAAACUCUAUACAUUAUUUAUUUAUUUGCAGUUUCUUCUCGGCAAUCGUUAUGGCAGUGUUUCUGCUCCGUUAUCACUUCGAAAAGAGGAAUUCGAAUCUAUUCGAAGUUCAUUGUUUGAACUUAAUGUUGGUCAGUUUUUUUGAGAUAACAAAACUUUUUCAUUGACUUUUUUGAGGAAAAAUUUGAUUUCCUGUGCUUUCCCCAUUUUUUUUCGUUUUUUUCCCCAACAAUUCAAUCAACCUUUUCUCCUGCUUUUUGAUGUCUUUUUUUCGAAAAAUAGGGAGAAAAUGGAGAUUUUUAUCUUUUUUUGUUGGAAAAUUGAAAUUGUAUUGAGUUUUUGAAAAUAAAAUUUCAAGAUUUUGUUCAGAAAAUCAAAGUUUUUAUAAGUUUUCAAGCGUUCCAAAUGUUUUCUCUCAAAACAAUGUGUUUUUGAUUUUUCGAAAAACUUUUCAAAAGUUCAAAUUUUUCAAAAAAAAUGAGUUUUCAGUUUUUUUUUUAAAUUUUUUUUUUCUUUCAAAGUUUUUCUAUUUUUCAGAAGAUUUUUGACAGAAAAUACAUUCCACGUGGUAAAAUUACUACAGUAUAGUCUAUUUUACUUUCAAACUAGAGCAUAGUCAUAGGGACACUUAUUUUCUUCCAAAUUUUAAUCUAGAAAAACAUAUUUUAACUUCAAGUUCACCCCAAAAAUCUGAUUUUUUGCAGACGUUCGAAUAUUAGAUCAAUGUUACACAAUUGAUCGAAAUCAAGAAGAAUAUCGCCUAAAUCCAUCAGCUUUAUCCGAUUCAAAAUUGAAAUCCAAACUAACAAAAGCAAUUCAAAAAGGAGCAUCAGCUGCACACGAAGAAGGAACAAUUAAUCAAGUGCAUGAAAAACGACAAAAUCGAUUUUUCCAGUCGCCAAUCGAUUGCUUAGUAAAAUAUAUAUUGGAAGCCAAUUCGAAUCGAUGCACUUUUUUGUUGCGAAAAAUUGAGGGAGCCAAAUUUGAGGAGAAAACUAAUUCGAUUUUUGUGGAGAAAAGUGAAGGGAAUAUUAGGAAGAUUGAGGAUUUGAAGGUGGGUUUCUGAAAAAAAACAUUUCUGAAAUUUAUGAAUUUUAGCCCUGUGAAGAAAAUUUAUAAAAUAAUUUUUUUGAAUGACUUUUCAUGAGAAAAAAAUCUGAUGAAAAUUACGUUUCAAAAAUUUUGCAAAAUAAAAACACAAAUUUUUAAUUUGAUACAUUGUUUGCAAACUCUUUUGAAAAUUAUUCAAAAAAAAUAUAAAAAUAAAAAAAUAAUUGAAAUUUCCAUUUCAAAAACCAGGAAAAAUUAGUAUUCCACACAAUCAACCUCUCACAUUUUUCCCACAAAUAUUUUUGCAUUUAAAAAAUCCAAAUCCCAAAAAUUUCAGAACGAAAUCUCGCUGAAAAUGACAGAUCGUGUAAUGACGCAUGUUCUUCGACCCGAAAACACUGAUAUCGCAUAUUUCUUCAAUUCGCGCGAAAGUGAUAAAUAUCGCGAGAAAAUUGCCAGACAAUUCAAUGAUCGUCUCAAGACCCAAUUGGGAGAAGUUCAUCGGAAUUUGAGACCCGAUGCACCGGCGACAGCUUAUGAAAUUGCUGCUAGAGAGGAUGCUAUUCAUAUGGGUGAGCAUGGGGAUUUUUUUGCAAGUAAAAUUUCAAAUUUCAAAUUUGGCGGCACAGAAUUACAAAUUUUUCCCGGAUUUCUGAUUUUAUAUUUUCCAAAUUUGAGAGAACAUUUGUAUUUUCUAUUUUGAAAAUUCUGAAAUUUCAGCCUGAAAGCUGAAUUUUUGGUUUUUCUCAAAAAGAAAUCUGAAAAUUUUAACCGGAAAUUCUGAAUUUCAGCUGAAAAUCCAGAUAGUUUUGUACUUCAAAGUUUCUAAAUUUUUUAAAUUAAAAAUUCACUGAAAUCUGGAACUUUUUGAUCUCAAAAAUGUUUUUGUUGAAGUUUUCAAAGAAAAAAUAUCCGGAGACUUGAAAUUUUUCACAAAAAAUCUCAGAAAAAUUCUGAAUUUUCCUAAUUUUUCCCUAAUUUUUUAAAUGAUCUCCUCAAUAAUCCUAUUUUGUUUCCAGAACACCUCAAAUAUCAGCUCUCAAUCGGAAAUCUUGCUCGCCCAGAAAUCGACAAAAAGUUAGACGAAAUCGCCAAUGUCAAAAUCCACCGUGGCGUUUUUCUGAUCCAAGGUCCAGAUGUUUGUGGAAAAACUCAAUCUCUCUGCAGACUUUUCGAUAAAAUCCCCGAUUCUGAAGCUUAUAAGAUCAUCAGAUUCACAAAUCUCUCAUAUUCUUCCAAUUUUGCUCAUGAAAUUUGGCGGAAUAUUUGCCUUUCUCUAUGUUAUUCUGCGAAAGUUGAUCCAACUUCAAUUUUGGAUCAAUUUAAGUUGGGAAAUAUUCUGAAAUGUUUGGAAUUGUGUUGUGAACAAAUCGAUAAACCCGCGUGUAUUUUUAUUGAUGACAUACAUUUAUUAAGAUUUGGACACUUUUUGAGCAAUAUUGAGAAACGUGUGCAACAGGGACCCGAUAAAUUAUCGAUUUUUAUGACGGCUUCAAAUGUUAGUCCAAUUCAGGCGGUAUUUACGAUAACUCAAACGCUCAAUAUUGAUUUUAUUGAAGAAGAUGAGGCUGUUGAAAUGUUGAAGAAAUAUACGGAAAAUGAGAAAAGGAAAUUGACUGGGGAAGAAUUGAGUGCGAUCAAAAAUGAGGUGAGGAACUUGGGGAAUUGACGCGGAAGCUUGAUAUUUAUAUUUUUAGUGGAUCUGAAAACAAGAUGGAACUAAUUUUGCUACUGAUUUUUGUAUUUACAAAAAUGUUGAAACAUAUUUUUCCGGGGAAAACAUUUGAAGUAUUUAAAUAUGAAUUGGAAAUUUUUGAAACCAAUUUCACUUUAGCGAAAAAUUGAAACAGUGAAUUUUUCCGAAAAUUCUCUGAUACUCUUUUGGAAAAUUUCAAAAGUUUUCAGUUCAUUUUCAUCAUACAAAAAAUUUGAAACAGUAAAAAAAUUUUAAUUUUUUGUUCAUGAAACUCUGGUGAAAUAUCGAUUUUUAACUUUUAUUUUUCACACUACCAGAAAUUUGAAACAGUAAAUUUUUUUUUAGAAAACAAUUUUUGGUACCUGAAUAUUCUAAAUUAUGGUUUUGUGCUAAGAAAUCUGGCACGAUUAAUUAAAAAAAAACCACGUGUUCAAAUUCUACCUCAAAAAACCCCUAUGACGUGACAUUUUUGCAGAUGGUAACAGCUCGUGAAAAUAUGCUCGUCGCCAAAACCUAUGCCCAUGAAAUUUGCACCGAAAGUUAUUCCCCAAUUUCUGGUGGAAUCGAAGGCCGAUUUAAUAGAAUCGAGGAAAAAUUUGGGAAAAAUGCAGUUUGCUCAAUUCUACGCUAUUUAGCUGUUUCAUCACAUGGCCUAACUCGAUUAGAAUUACACGAUGUUUUAAGUUUGGAGAAACCUGUGGAUAUUUAUCAAGUUGCUUUUCCCAUUCUAUUAUUAGAUGAUAUUAUUGAAGCGCUUGGCCCGAUUUUGCGAAAAGUUUUUAUGGAUAAUAGGGAGAUUAUUAGCAUUGCUCAUGUUAAUUUGAGCACGUUGAUCAAACAUCGAUAUAUUCUAACGACAACUGAUUUGAAAUUAGCGCAUGUUAAAUUGUCGGAUUUGUUCACUGAAUUGUAUGUUGAAAUGGAGACGAAUACGCCCAGACAUUCGAUUUGUUAUCAGAAUUUUCCGCAGGCUAUGAAGAGGGAUAAUGGAUCGGCGAAUGUUAGAAAGUUGAGAUUGUUGUGGCAUCAUUUGUUGCAUACGGGUAAGCGGAACGGGGAGCGGAAAGGCUUCCGCGCAUGAUUUUUCUGGGAAAAUCCCAAAUUUUUCGACCUAACCUUGUUUGGGCUCAAAAUACUUCAAAAAAUUUUGAAACAGUAAAAUUUUUUAGAUAAACAAAUAGUCAUUUUUUUUCCCGAAAAAAACCAUUUUUUAAAUUGAAACAGAGAUUUCAUUUUCUACCAAUAAACGAAAAUUUUAAAUUUUAAAUGAAAAAUUUAUGAAAUUUUUGAAACAGGAGAUUUUUGUGCCCGAAAAAUUGAGUUUUUUUUUUGGAAGUUUUCGGUGUACAUUUAGAAUCCAAAAAAAAAUACCAAAUUUAUUCCCGAAUCUCCUUCCUUCCUAGACUAUAGUUUAUCUUUCAGGUAAUAUGGAUUCAUUAAAAGAAUUGGCUCUAUGCCAUUUCGAUUAUAUCGAUCUAACAGCUCGCUAUUUCGGAGUUCAUCAUUUAUUAACAUUAUAUGAAGAAUGUGCAAUGCAAGUGUUACAUCAUGAUUUACAAGUGUUGUGUGAGCAAGUAUUGCUUCCAGCUCUCACAACAAUUGUUCGAGAUAAUGAGCAACUAGCAGCUGAGGUUAUUGGAAGAUUGAGAUUUACUAGAGGUAAGUGAAAUGAGAGAGUUUUUGAGAAGCUGAAAAUUGAUUUUCUGAAAAAUUUUGAAUGUUAUUGAAUUUUUAUUAAUUUUUAGCGAAAAAAAAAAAUUUUUUUAAUGAAUAUUUUCAUAGAUUUUUGAUUUUCUUAAUGAGAAAAAUUUGGAAAUUUGAAUUUUUGAUCUCAAAAUUCAUCACUGGCUUUCUGAAGCUCUAUAAAGUCCCCUAAAAAACCUGAAGCUCCUGAGAGCUGAAAAUUUAUGAUUUCAAGUUUUUAUAGCAUUUUUUGAAACAGUGAGAUUUUUGAAUAAAAGAGUCGUAAAUUCUAAUUUUUUUCAAAAUAGUGUUUUUUUCUGCCAAAUUUCUGCCAAGAGGAACGUAUUGAAUUUUUCAAUGAAAAAAUUAUAACAAUUCUGAAACGUAAAUUUUCUGGGGAAAAAUUGGGAUUUUUAAAACAGUUUGAAAAAUUUUCGAAACAAUUUUUUUUGUAAUUAUUAGUUUUCAGCUACAUAUUUAAAAACCAUCGAAAAAUUCCGAUAUUUCCAGCCGAAAACAGUCAUUUUCUCAACACAAUGGUCGAACAAGCAAUGGGUUGGGUCGAUCUAUACACCCGUCAACCUCUCCUAGUUCCGCUAACUUGCUGGAUUUCACCGCCAAAAAUGAAGACGUGUCGAACGUUUUGCCUGAAAGACUGGAAACCUGGACAGACGAUUUUGACACCAACACAAAAUCAUCAACAUAUUUUGAUAACUGGAAAUUUGUCAUUUCCCGGAGUGAUUUAUAUGUAUCACGUGGCUUCGCAAUUAUUGAUUAUUGAUUUUAAAGGUGAGUUGGGGGCCUAAAUUAUGCCACGUGGCUUUUUAAAAAUUAUUUUUACCCUUAAAAAUCACAUCAGAAAUAUAAAAGAUGCUGAACCAAAAUUCAAAAGGCUUCUAGAAAUUUCGGAAUUUUUUUUUGAUUUAUUAAAAGUUUACAGAGUUUUAAGGUUUUUUAAAUUACUGUAGGCUUUCGAGACUUGUAGAAAACUGUCUAAAAGUACUGUAAGUUUAAAAUUACCAGAAAUAAUUAAUAGGAAAUAAUUCUAAAAAACAAUCCUGGAAUAAGAAUUUUCUUGAAUUCAUAAAAAUUUUGAAACAGUGAAUUUUUGGUAUUUUUUCAAUACUGAAAAUCCAAUUUUAAGAUUAUUCAAAACAUGUUUCCCCUCAAAAAAUCCAAAAAUCUUGCAGGCCACACCGCUGCUGUCACAUGCCUAAUAACAAGUUCAACCGGCAGCUUCUUCGUCAGCACAUCCGCUGACAAAACCGUCCGAAUCUGGAGUUAUCAAACCGGCGAAACCCUCAAAAUUCUAACACAUCAUACAGCAAAAGUGACUUGUGCUAUUCUAACAAAUGAUGAUGAAUAUCUGAUAACAGCAUCAGCAGAUUCAUCAGCCAAAAUGAUAAAUGUGGAAAGUGGUCAAGUUUUGCGAAGUUUCAAUGAUCAUACUGGAAGUGUUGUUUCUUUGCAAUUGACUUCGAAUAACUUGUUUUUGAUAACUGGAAGUGGAGAUUUUGUGGUACAAAUGUGGGAUGUAACAAAUGGUCAUUGUAUUUCAAGAAUGGGCGGACUUAUGGCUCCAGUCUCUACACUUGCCAUAACUUCAAAUGAUGCUUUUGUCGUAGUUGCUUGUGAAGAUGAAACACUUAAAGUAUUCAGCACUGUUACCGGACAAGAGUUACACGAACUUAUGGGACAUGAGGGCAAGGUUAAUUCGUUGGUUUGUGCACAUGAUGAUUGUCAAUUGUUUGCGGCGACUAAAUCCAAGAUUUUUUGCUAUGAUAUUCAUAAUGGACAGAUGAUUGAGGUGUUGGAUUUGCAGGUUAGGUCAUUUUAAAAAAUUGUAUAGGAUCCGCGCCUUGAGAAUUACUCUGGCAAGGUGCGGCGCCUAGAGAGUUAAAAUGUGAAGAAUCAGCGCAUAGAGCUCAAGUAGCCGAUCCUAGAAACUUUAAUUGUCAAGGGCCCGCGCCUUGAGAGUUUAGUUAUCAAGGAUUAGCGUCUAGAGAUCCCCAAUUUAAUUUUGAAUUGCUCAUAUUAAACAAAUCACCCAAAUCACAGUUUUUCAUAUAAAUAUUUGCAGCAACCGUAUCCUGUGUGCAGUAUGACUAUUAGUUCGGAUAAUAAUUUUCUGAUAAGUGGAUGUGGUUCAAGAGUCACAAUAUGGAAUGUGCAAAAAAGGAAUCACGAUGCACACGAUAUUUCAGUAGAUAAAGAGGGAUUCUUGACGGCAGUCGCAAUGUCUUUUGAUGAAAAAGUUGCCGCGUGUGGAACUUAUAAUGGAAUUGUGGCUGUUUGGGAUUUGGAUAUUUGCCAAUGUAUCAAUACAGUUGUUCAGGCAAAAGGGAUUCCGGUCUCGUGUGUCAAAUUCAACAAUGAUAAUACUUUAUUGCUAUCCGGAAAUUCGGUGGGAAAUAUUGUUGUGUUGGAUGCGGCGAAUGGACUUCCCUUGAGAGAUGUUAAUGUGAGUUGUAUUUUGGAGGGGGGGGGGGUCUGGGGUCAACCGAAUAUCUGAGCCAAGAGUUCUAAGAAAAUUUCAAAAAAAAAUUUUCAAUAAAUUUUGGACCUAAAUUCUAGAAAAUUGUUGGAAUACAUUUUUUGAUAAAUUGUUUACUUAUCGAAAGAAAAAAAUUUUUUUGAAAAUUACAAAUCUUUUGAAACAGUGAAUUUUUUUCAUAUUUUUUGGAGAAAUAGUUUUUCUGAUAAAAAUUGAAAAAUUCAUGUCAAAAGUUUCUAGAUUUUUUGAAACAGUUAAUUUUUUUUAAUUUUUCAAUAAAUUUUAGACAUAAAUUCAGUGCUGAAAAUGGUUUAAGAGUCAUUAUUUGAAAAAAGGGAAAUUACGAGGAUAGGCUCUGUACAGAAAAAAUGAUGGUCUCAAAAACGGCCCAUAUUUUUUGUACAGACCUUUUAACUAUCCAACAAUAAAAAAAACAUGUUUUUGAUUCAAAAAAAUUUUCAGUUUCAGUGGGGGAGGCUGAAAAUGGGUAUGCGCAACUCGCUUUGAAACGUUGCGCAACCGUAACUCAGCUUAACGCUAACUAUUUUUGAUGAUCAAAAAAGCAUUUUGCUCGUCUUUUUGUGCUCUACAAGCACGAAAAUAGCUCCACUCAAAAAAAAUUAUUUUUGAGCAAGUUGGAAAAAACCAGUUCGCAAAAACUGACAUUUUCGGAUUUACAGACAAAAAAGGGCGACGUCUAACCGCAUUCAAUCGAUUCCUCUUGAUUUUUUACCCCUAGGCGCACAGUAUUAUCAAAAUCGGCGGUAACCAUCAUCUUCGUUUUAGACCUCGAUUCAAAAAAUGACCCUUCUGAAAAAACUUUUUUUUUCAGUUUUUUUUAAAUUUUUUUAUAUUUUAGGCUGAAUAAAGACUGUUUUGACAUCGAAAUAAUUCAAAAACACUUUUGGUUGUUGAAACUGACUCAAAUUGUGAGGUUUUACCAAUUCUUAUAAUCUCAUUGAUGUUUUCGGUAAGACCAUCGGACAAGAUCUGAAAAUACUUGAAACUGGACUCUGGAUGACAAAUUAUUAUCGAAUUGUGCCUAAAACACUCUAAAAACAUGUAUUCUAACAUUUUUUAUCAAUUUCCAUUCAAAUACGGAUGUUUUUACUCGAUUUGGACAUUACUGGAAUUCCGAUGUUUGUGUUGAUCUCUGAUUUUCGUCAUCGAAGACAUCAACAUUGAAUAAUUUUGAUGGUAUUGACUUCAAAACAAAUUUUCAAGUUUUUGAAACUCAUCUCCAGAAAUUGUACAAAUCAACAUUUCUCCAGGCGAGGCUGAUCGUAGAUCUUUUUAUUGAUCUUCCAGCUGAAUCUGAUACCACUGUUUCCAUCACACAUUUAUUGUACUAAAUGUAGUUUUGAAAACGUUUUUCUUUCAUAUUUCAUUUUGCCUCAAAAACAAAAAAACAGUCAAGAAUAAUCGCUGAUGUCAACGAUGGAAUCAGAUCAGAGAUCAGGAUAAACAUCCUAAUUCCAGUAAUGUCUGAAUCGCGAAUAAACUGCACAUUUUGUCUGGGAUUAAUGAGAAGUACUAAUUUUAUCAUCAUAAUAAUGAAUAGAAUCAAUUUUAUAGUGAAUCUCGAAAUUAAUUGAAGUUUCAGUAAGGCCAUCGGAAAAAAUCCUGAUUUUUAUAUCAGAUGAUUUUCAUCGACAUAUUACUCAUAUCAUUGAUGAAUGAUGUGCAAAACACCAAAGUGAACAGGAAAAACACUAUUCCGAACAAUCCCAGACAAAAUGUGCAGUUUAUUCGCGAUUCAGACAUUACUGGAAUUAGGAUGUUUAUCCUGAUCUCUGAUCUGAUUCCAUCGUUGACAUCAGCGAUUAUUCUUGACUGUUUUUUUUUGUUUUUGAGGCAAAAUGAAAUAUGAAAGAAAAACGUUUUCAAAACUACAUUUAGUACAAUAAAUGUGUGAUGGAAACAGUGGUAUCAGAUUCAGCUGGAAGAUCAAUAAAAAGAUCUACGAUCAGCCUCGCCUGGAGAAAUGUUGAUUUGUACAAUUUCUGGAGAUGAGUUUCAAAAACUUGAAAAUUUGUUUUGAAGUCAAUACCAUCAAAAUUAUUCAAUGUUGAUGUCUUCGAUGACGAAAAUCAGAGAUCAACACAAACAUCGGAAUUCCAGUAAUGUCCAAAUCGAGUAAAAACAUCCGUAUUUGAAUGGAAAUUGAUAAAAAAUGUUAGAAUACAUGUUUUUAGAGUGUUUUAGGCACAAUUCGAUAAUAAUUUGUCAUCCAGAGUCCAGUUUCAAGUAUUUUCAGAUCUUGUCCGAUGGUCUUACCGAAAACAUCAAUGAGAUUAUAAGAAUUGGUAAAACCUCACAAUUUGAGUCAGUUUCAACAACCAAAAGUGUUUUUGAAUUAUUUCGAUGUCAAAACAGUCUUUAUUCAGCCUAAAAUAUAAAAAAAUUUAAAAAAAACUGAAAAAAAAAGUUUUUUCAGAAGGGUCAUUUUUUGAAUCGAGGUCUAAAACGAAGAUGAUGGUUACCGCCGAUUUUGAUAAUACUGUGCGCCUAGGGGUAAAAAAUCAAGAGGAAUCGAUUGAAUGCGGUUAGACGUCGCCCUUUUUUGUCUGUAAAUCCGAAAAUGUCAGUUUUUGCGAACUGGUUUUUUCCAACUUGCUCAAAAAUAAUUUUUUUGAGUGGAGCUAUUUUCGUGCUUGUAGAGCACAAAAAGACGAGCAAAAUGCUUUUUUGAUCAUCAAAAAUAGUUAGCGUUAAGCUGAGUUACGGUUGCGCAACGUUUCAAAGCGAGUUGCGCAUACCCAUUUUCAGCCUCCCCCACUGAAACUGAAAUUUUUUUUUUGAAUCAAAAACAUGUUUUUUUUAUUGUUGGAUAGUUAAAGGUCUGUACAAAAAAUAUGGGCCGUUUUUGAGACCAUCAAUUUUUUUCUGUACAGACCAUUUUCCCUUUUUACAAAUAAUGACUCUUAAAUUCUUUUUUUUUUUGAGAAGUUAAUAACAAAUUAAUCGAAUGAAAAAAAACUUUUGAAAAUUACAAAUCUUUUGAAACAGUGAAUUUUUUCAUAUUUUUUUUGGAGAUCUAGAUUGUCUAGUAAAGAUAAUGUUUUGAAAAUUCAUGUCAAAAUUUUCUUGAUUUUUUGAAACAGUAAAUUUUUUUUUAAAGACACAUCAGCCACUGGAAAAAAACAGAUUUCCCGCAUUUAUUUUCAAAUGAGAAAAACAGCAUGUGCGCUCUAUUGCUUCGUUGUGUGCAAACUGUUUCGAAAAUCCCGUCGGCUGAGCGAUUUCAAAAACAAUUAAUUUGUUUUUUUCACUUUUGCCAGACUCAAACUUUUUUCUUGAUUUUUAUGAAUUUCGAUUACUUGAAAGGUGUUGAGAAAGAAUAACAAACUCAUUUUCUGUUCAUUUCUAGUGGAUUGUGUGUCUUUAAUUUUUUCAAUAAAUUUUAGACCUAAAUUUAGUGUUGAAAAUUGUUUAAAUUCUUUUUUUUGUGUGAGAAGUUAAUCACAAAUUGAUCGAAUGAAAAAAAAACUUUUGAAAAUUACAAAUCUUUUGAAACAGUGAAUUUUUUAAAAAUAUUUUUUUGGAGAUCUAGAUUUACUAGUAAAAAUAAUUUUUUGAAAAAUUCAUGUCAAAAGUUUCUUGAUUUUUUGAAACAGUAAAAAGUAAUUCUCCUUUUUUUUUUAAAUUUAGGCUCAAAAUUCUUGAUCAAUUUCAGAACAAAUAUGAACCAAAAAAGUUGAUUUUGAUAGAAAAAAAUCCAUGCUUUUUCAGAUGCAUACCACUGAAAUCGUCUCAAUCUUUUCAAUUUUCCCCAACGGCAAAAUACUAUCAUGUGAUCGCGACGGAAAAUUGGUGCAAUGGGAUUGUUUUGGUGAAGAUGACACGCCCGAAAUGAUUGCCAAUGGAAUAAAACCGCCCAUUUUCAUUCCGCCAGGCGGAAAAAUUAUGAUUGGAUAUUGUCCGACAAAUCCGAAAGAGAUGAAAGUUUGGCAAUUACAAGAAGACGGAGCACCGAUAAAUCGAAAUAAAUUGAGCCAUAAUGAAGAGAUCACUUGUUUUGCGACGGCUUCGAAAGGCGGAAGUUUAGUGGCGACUGGAAGUUUGGAUAUGAGUUUGAAGAUUUGGCAGGCGGAUUCGGGAUUUUUGACACAGGUUUGCAGAGUUUGGAGAUAGGUUUGAGUGGGAAAAGAUUCUUUCGGAAUUGUUGAAACUUCAGUUUUUUAAUUAGAAAAAAUUCACUGUUUCAAAAAAUUCCGUUUGCUAGAAAUAAUUUAUUCUUCAAAAUUUUACUGUUUCAAAAAUUUUUUUAAAUAAAAAUUUUGUCUUUUUUUUUAAUCACUUAACAGUUUAUGUCCAAAAAUGAAAAAUUAGCAUUUUUAUUAAUUUUUACUGUAAAAAUUUCAAUUUCCAGGAUUUUUUUAGAGCAGUAAAAUUUUGUUAUGAAAAUUAGCUGAAAGUUGAAAGUUCGACUGAAAAUCAUCUAGAAAAUUUAAAUAAAAAACAUUUACAAAAUUUGCCACGUGGCGAAUCAAAAACUUCAAAAACUCAACCAAAAACUAGAGUAUACUUGAGAUUCCUCCAAAUUCACAAUUUUGUUUUCUCUUCAGAUUCUCGUUGGCCACGAAGAUAUCGUAACUUGUUGUUGUUUAUCGGAUGAUGAGAGAAUUGUGAUAUCCGGUGCGAGAGAUCAUAAAAUGAUUGUUUGGAAUGUGAUAACUGGAGAGAAUAUGUGCACAAUUUUGGCGGCUGCUCCAAUUUCAGCUGUUGCUUUGACUGGUGAUGGAACUGUUGCGUUUUCGAGUGAGUUUUUCGGGGGUUUUUGGGCCAGAAAAACUUAAUUUUGAGUGGAAAAAUGUCUGAAAAACUCUAAUUUUCCGCAAAAUGAAAUACAGAAAAUUGUUUUUUUGUUAGAGACAUGUUUAGGAUUUUUAAAACUGCUUUUUUUUCAAAGUUUUUGAAUGAAAAUCAGACAGUUUUAACAUAAUUUAACCCUAACAAAAAAUUAGUUUUUUUACAAAAUUUUUUUUGAAACAGCAAAAUUUUCUUCCGAAGUUUUAUAUUUUUUGAAAUUGUAAAAUUUUAUUCUCUAACAUGAGCAAUACCCCAUCCCUCAAUUUUUCUCAAACUUCCUCCAUUUUUUGCAGGCACCGAAGAAGGUUGGGUUGAAGCAUGGUCGACGGAUAAAGGAAAACGUCUCUCGAUGUUUAACACACAUCGACCAAUUCGAAAUUUAAUCACAAGUUUCGAAGCGAAUCGAUUAUUAGUUCAUUUAACUGGAUGUGCACAAUUACCUAUUUUAUGUUUACAUAAUACACCAGCAGCUGCACAAGAAGCAACUAGAAGAAGAAGUGCGAGAGCUCCGUCGGUUUCGAGUAUUACUAAUGAACCAGGUGGGUUGAGGGGAAAUUUGGGAAGUUUUUUCAAAAAUCUCUUCAAGACCUCAUAUUUUUGAACUGAAAAUUAGUAUUUAAAAAUAGUCUCUGGAAUUUGAAAUAAAAACUGAGUUUCAAAUUUUAAUAAGAAAUAUUAAUUUGCCCAAAUUUUAUAUUUGUUACAGCCAUUGGAAUGUCAUCAGCAAGUUCAAUAAAUGAAGUGAAAAAAGAUAUGGCAUCUUCAUCAAGUGUAACUCCAUUAUUAGGAAAUGGUUCACAAAAUCAAUCAAAAGGUCGAUCGACUUUCGAUAAAUUGGAGAGAAGCAAAAGUCGAACAUCAAUGAUUGAGAAAGUGAGUCGAAUGUGUCGAAUGUAAAUAGGUAAAUAUUGAAUUAGAGAGUAGAAAUUGAAGGGCUAAUAGGUUUCUAGAAAUUUUGAAGAUUCGUCCUUUCUUUCACUAUCUAUUUUUCUGAAAUUAAUUUUUCAAAACCAGUAUCCCCUUAAAUUCAUCCGAACUCAAUAAUAUUCCAGGAUCGACCAACUACUCUUACAAAUAUUGUGGCACCAGUUCAAAAAUCCAAUAUGUGUAAUAUUUUGUGAUUUUUUAUUAUUUUCAAUUUAUUUUUUCUGACUGAUUGUGACAAUUUUUCUCUUUAAUUUUGAAAUUUUGAAUUUUUUAUUGAUCUCGAUUUUUUUUUUUCAAAUGAAAAUUAUUGUUUUUUCAAAUUUUGAGAUUGGUUCGGGAGUCCAAAUUUUCUCAAACUGAAAGUUUAAAAAAAUACACUGUCAACGAACAAAUUUUUAUCUCGUCAUUCUAAAAUUCGAUGGAAAUACUUAUCAGUUCUGGUCUCUAGAAAUAUGCAUCCACUUUCUGAAAUAACAAUCAUUUUAAGCUAUGAUUAGGAUGAAAAAAACUCACUUCUGGUCAAAUUAUAAAAGCUAAGUUAAUUUCUUCGGAUCUUUACAUAAUUUUAACAUAGAUAAUCAGUUUUCAGAUUGAAAUAAUUACUGUAAUUUAGAUACAGUUUCAGAUUGGAAAAUUGAGAAAAUUUCGGAAAUAUGACGAAAAAUGACUCAUUUUUCAAAAAAAAAACGUUUUUGUUUAUCUCAGGAAGAAGGAUGUGGACUAGCCGCGAGGUUAGACGAAAAAUGCUAUGUUCUCGCGGGGUAACGCGAGAUUAUUGCGAACCUACACAAAAAACAACUAGCAACACUUUGCUGCUAGUACGCAAAAAAAGAGAGAGAGGAAAAAUGAAAUUGCGCACUAGCAGCGAGAGUGCGCUAGUUGGCUUUACCCACGUUGGCCUAAAAACCGACAAAUGCGGAGUUUUUUCGAAUCCGUGCAAAAAAUUUUGUUUUUCAUGGUUUCUUUCUUUUUCUUCUUUAUUUGUUUGAGAAUAAUGAGGUUCAUUUUCAAUUUCCAGAAAUACGAAACCGUCAAAGAAUAAGAAAAUGCAGAAGUAACAGAGGUAAGCGUUUAUUUUCCCUUUUUUAAAGUAGUUUUGAUAAAAUUUCUAUACAGAUUUACAAAAGGCAAAACUGGAGACAUAUCGGAUGGUGCAAAUAGGAUUCCGAAGAUGA